UUUAUAUAAUAGUCAGAAGUCAGAACAAGAAUAGAAUUAGGAAAUCCACAAUUUAUCUCUAUAUAUUUUCACUUCAACUCCUCUCAAAGUCUCAAGUCUCAAGUCUCAAGUCUCAAGUCUCACCCUUCCAUCGGCUGUCAAAUUUAGAGCUGUUAUAAGAAUUGUGAUUUGAUUGAACACUUUUCAUAAUGGGAGGAGGAUUUAAAGUAUUGCACUUAGUGCGACCCUUUCUUCCAAUUCUUCCUGAGGUACAAGCACCAGUUAAGAAGGUCCCCUUCAGAGAAAAAGUAAUCUACACAGUUAUCGCAUUGUUUGUAUUUUUAGUGUGUAGUCAGCUUCCUCUAUAUGGAAUUCACUCCGCCAUGGGGGCUGAUCCUUUCUAUUGGAUGCGUGUCAUCCUUGCUUCGAGUCGCGGAACCGUCAUGGAGCUCGGUAUCACCCCCAUUGUCUCGGCUGGUAUGGUCACACAAUUCUUGGUUGGUUCUAAGAUCAUUCAAGUCAACAACAACGUCCGAGAGGACCGUACACUUUUGAAUGGUGCACAAAAGUUGUUGAGUAUUCUGUUUGCUGUUGGUUCAGCAGUAGCAUACGUUCUUUCAGGGAUGUAUGGCAGUAUUUACGUGCUCGGUGCUGGCAACGCCAUUCUUGUCAUCCUUCAACUCUGCAUUCCUGUAAUCAUUCUGAUGUGUGUGGAUGAACUUCUUCAAAAGGGAUACGGUCUUGGCUCUGGAAUUUCACUUUUCACUGCCACCAACAUCUGUGUGAGCAUAAUCUGGAGCUUAUUCAGCCCAACCACUAUCAACACUGGCCGUGGACCUGGGUUUGAAGGUGCUGUCAUUGCCUUGUUCCAUCUUUUGGUUACCAGAACUGACAAAGUUCAAGCCUUGAGAGAGGCCUUUUUCAGGCAGAACCUCCCAAAUAUAACCAAUUUACUUGCCACUAUCUUUGUCUUUCUCAUUGUCGUCUACCUCCAAGGUUUCCGCGUUGUUUUGCCUGUGCGAGCAAAGAAUGCACGAGGCCAACAAGGGUCGUACCCCAUCAAGUUGUUUUACACCUCAAAUAUGCCCAUCAUUCUUUUAUCCGCUCUUGUAACUAACCUUCAAGUCAUCUCACAGAUGCUAUACAAGAACUUCAGUGGGAGUUUCCUUGUAAAUUUGUUGGGAAAGUGGAAUAAUUCUGUCCCAAUUAGUGGACUUGCUUACUUUGUUACUGCCCCUAACAGCUUGGCAGCCAUGGCUGCAGAUCCAUUCCAUGCAAUGUUCUACAUUAUCUUUACACUUACAGCUUGUGCUCUAUUUUCCAAGACGUGGAUUGAGGUCUCUGGAUCAUCUGCCAGAGAUGUUGCCAAACAGCUCAAGGAGCAAGGCAUGGUUAUGCCUGGACACCGCGACUCAAACUUAGAGAAGGAACUUAACCGGUAUAUUCCAACUGCUGCUGCUUUUGGAGGAGUCUGCAUUGGUGCAUUGGCGCUUUUGGCUGAUGUUAUGGGUGCGAUUGGAUCAGGAACCGGUAUUCUGCUUGCAGUUACGAUUAUCUAUCAAUACUACGAGACAUUUGAGAAGGAAAGAGCAAAAGAACUUGGUUUCCUUGGACUUUGAUCGAGCUCCUUAGUCAUAGUUUUGCUAGCUUUAGGGAACAUAAUUAUUAGGUGAAUUGUUAGAUAUCCCAAGAGCAUGUAUGUAUUCCUCUUCUCCAAGAUCUAUUAUUAAAUUAAUCUGUAUAUUUCAUUUGAAUGGAUUAAUAUUUAUGUACAAAAACAUCAAAAUAAAUGCAUUUUUUUGACAAAUAC